AUGUCCUUUGAAGAAAUCAAAGACAUGGGGAUGGAUGGCGAGCGGGGGUUAGUGGCCGGUCGCAGUCAAAGAGAGAAGAGAAGGUCCUACAAAGAUCUGCUGAGGGAAGAGGAGGAGAUGGCAGCUGAGGUCCGCAAGUCGUCCAAGAAACGUCCAAAGGAUGCAGAGCUGUUCAUGAUGGGGACGGACUCGCACAAGAAGAAGAAAAAGCACAGUGACGACUAUUAUUACAGAGAUUACGACGGCUCUGGCCCUCCGCCACACAAAAAGAAGCACAAGUCUGUGGACCGCUCUCCCACACUUUCCCCCUCCCCAGCAGACACAGCCAUGGGUCUGCUCCAGGCCAUCACCUCCCCCCUGGCCACAGGCUCAGACCCUCAUCCACACCUCCACAAGAAGCCCUCCUAUCCCCCCUUCUCCUCCCACUCCUCCAAGGAGCGCAAACGUGAGGGCAGUAGUGGGAGCAAGAGCAGCCACUCUUUCCCUCACUCUCGGCCGUCUUCCUCCUCCUCAAAGAAGCACUCCUCCUCUUCCUCAAAGUCGUCUCUCUUCCACGGCGGACUUCCCAAAGAAGAGCCGCUCACGCUACGGGAAGCGGACGGGCUCAAGAUGAAGCUAAUCAUGUCGCCGGAGAAGGAGGAGAGCGAGGGCUACUUGUACACGCCGCACUCCAAAGGAAGCAUCAAGAAGGAGAAGGACAAAGAGCGGAUUCAGAUCGGGAAAUCGUCCAAAAAGAAAACACAGCAGAGUCGGGAGCCUCUGCUGGUGGUGGGCAAAGAAGUGGAGGUCGAAGGCCACUUUGGGGGAGGCCUGGGGGACGACAGCUCUUCAUCUGGAGGCGAGCUGGAGGCGGGAGAACUGGUGAUCGACGACUCCUACAACACCCACAUGUCCAAGAAGAAGAAGAAGAGUAAGAAAAGCAAGAAGAAGAAGGACAAAGAGAAGGACCGCGCUCGGGAGAAGAGUGGGAAGGACAAGAAGCACAGCAAAGGGUUUGGAGACGCAUCGAGACACAGCCACUCCCACCCCACGGUCAGCCACAGCUCUGUCGGACCCAUGUACGCCAUGAGUACACCCCACCCUCCGCUGCACCACCCGGGCCCAGACAUCGUACCGGAGAAGAAGAAGAAGAAGAAGGAAGAGAAAGAUCGAGACAAACAUGGCAACGACAAAGAGAAGCCUAAGAAAAAGACCACAACUACUGCUUAUCAAGUAUUUUGCAAAGAAUACAGAGUGAACAUCAACGCAGAACAGCCGGGAUUAGAUUUUGGUGAGCUGAGCAAACGGCUGGCAGAAGUGUGGAAAUCUCUGCCAGAGAAAGACAAACUUGUGUGGAGGCAGAAAGCUCAGCACCUACAGCACAAACAGAACAAAGCUGAGGCCACAACAAUCAAACACAAAGGCUCGGCUGACGGCAAAGGCAAAGGUCGCCUCAUGAAAGGCGGUGGGGGCUCCGUGGGAGUGACAUCCCCCCACAAAGGCCAUAGCGUGUCCCUGUCUCCAGCUCGAGUCCCAGAGGUAGACCCCAUCGAUGCGGCGGCCCACCUGCAGCUGCUGGGGGAGUCCUUGUCACUGAUCGGACACAGGCUGCAGGAGACUGAGGGGAUGGUGGCAGUGUCAGGGAGUCUGUCUGUGCUCUUGGACUCCAUCCUGUGCGCACUGGGCCCGCUGACGUGUCUCACUGCACAGAUCCCACAGUUAAACGGCUGUCCGCGGAAAGUUCUGUCAAAUACAUUGGACAACAUUGCCUACAUCAUGCCCGGGCUCUGA